CACUUGGAGCUCAACGAAAUCUUAGAAAUAAAAUUUUUGAACGUGACACAGCUUUCCCCCUGACCACUUACUUCGGUUAUAACAGUUAGGUAAUGAAGUGUAUGAAGAGAAUGAAGUGUAUGCUUUUUGCCAGGUUUGAUAGCUAGCCACUGAAGUUAGUUUAGCAGGAAGCUAAGCAGCAGAAGUAGUAUUAUCUAAACAAAUCUGAGCCGCUGAGUGUAUUUUGCUUGUGACGUUUGGGAAUGUGUUUAUUACUCUCAACAUUUAAACUGAUUAAGCUUGUAGGCUAACGUGUGGGUUAAAUUUUGGGAGUGGAAUAUGGCUGGUUCCGACAUGAACCCAAAGAAUGGCAUUCCCGUUUCCGGACAUACAAACUGGCUGUGCAAACCCUCCGAGACUCAGAUUGCUGGUAUACUCAUUACGAAGGAAACAGGGGACAACCACUCCAUCUUAAACGAUGUCGUUACGGGAAUUACUACCGAGAACUGCCAGGAUGAGACAGUGUUCCUUGAACAAGUUGACGAAACCUCACCGUGCAUCAUAAAGCUACACUGCACUCCAAAUUCUGGCAAUGUCAUCGUCAGUCUACUUAUCAUCAGUGAAGCUCGUACCAUAGAAGUGUAUUCUGGCUCUGGCGACUACUGCGGUACCUGUCGCGGGGAGAGGGAUCAUGGAUGGCACGCUGACAGUACUGUGGAGGAAAAGCUGUUCUACAGAUGUCAUUUGGUAUUGGAAUCCCCUGCCACAUCAUGCGAGGUUAAGCUGCUGUCUCUUGGUGGGCGCACCUGCGUGGGCGUGGCUCGGAUCGUUGUCGGACUGCGGUUACUGAAGGCCACACAGCGCUCCCACCCUGCCGGGCCUGGCAUUGACUUGCAACGGGUACAGACCAUGAUGGAGGAGAUGGGCACCACCCUCUCACCAGGGGCCAGAAGCCUGAUGGACAUGGUGCAAGUCCAACAGAGUAAAGCAGACGUCCUGGGUGGCUUUCUCCCUUUGCUCAUGGGUGGUGGGGCAUUGGCUGGAUUAGCCAAAGGAGCCAAAGUACCCACAGCCACAGAGCCCAAACACCCAUCCUCUGUGAACUCCACACCCUGUGAGGAAGCCGGGUCAGACGGGGCAAAAUCGCCCACGCUACAAUGCCCCCAGUCUGCUCCUCAGGCCCUGCCGUUCACCAUGAACCACAGCAAAGUCUCAGACAUGCUGUCAGCGCUCCUGAACGGUCAGCCUAGUCAGCAGAGUAAUCCCGAUCUGCUCCCCAUGCUGCAAAGUGUGUGUGGUCAAGUCACACAGCUCCGCUUGGACGCUUCCACCUCACCAGAAAGCCAGAGGAACGGACCAAAUGGGUCACGGGAGGAACAUGUGUGCUGUGAAGUUCUAGAGAAGGCUCUGGAGAGACGCUUGGAGGAAAUGGAACAGAGGUUAAAAGAGCACAUGGAUCAGCGUUUGAAUGCCUUGCAGCAGAAACUAGAGCUUGCUCUCCAAAUGGUCCUCACCCAAACACCAAACCCUACAUAAACACAAACUCAAGUAUGAUUAACAAGAGAACUCAUUACCCAAAUUCAGUGUGAGGACAGUAUUCAUGAAGUUCAGCAAAAUCUGCUAAUGUUCAUUAACAUUAGCUAACUGUAACAUGUUAAUGUUAACAUGUUAAACUCCCGUUACAUUUGAAGUAACUCAGUCUGUACUAAAUGUUUAUACUUUGCAAAAUGUUC